UAGUAUGGAAUGGCGCACCAACUAUUAAUAUUGCUUCUUCUCCCUUGUUUACUAUUUUUGUAAAACGUAAACAUUACUAUUUAAACUACAGGUAGAUUCCUUUUUCAGUCGGUAAUCUUAGUAGUGUUGCUGUCAAAAAUUAUGAUAAUUUUUCAAAGAUGAAGAAUGUUUUGAAAAUUCAAGUUCAAAUUCGGUGUUUUAUUCGAUGUUUUAUUUUAUGGGAAGUUAUUGGAUAGUAUUUCAAUUAUUCUUAUUUGCGUCUCCUUGAACUUGUGAUUGAAUGCCAAUUAACCUGAUCUGCUGUAAAAUAGGAAUAAACGUAGACGUCUUUCCAAAGUGUUUUAUUUUGAGGAACCAGAUGGCACCCCCUUCGCUACGAGCAAUUUCUCAAACCCGUAUUGCACUUUCGUACGGACCAAGCUUCAGUUUUGUGAUUUUGAUCCGACUGGCAAUCUAUUUGUACCGACAGGACAUUGAAGAUCGUGCCAAUCAGGUGAAAGAUGUGCCGCUAGCUGGAAUUCACAAGGAGUAUGACUUUAUUGUUAUUGGUGGUGGAUCCGCCGGUAAUGUCGUGGCCAAUAGACUAUCGGAAAUAGGUAAUUGGACGGUGCUUCUUUUGGAGGCUGGAGGGGACGAAAAUGUUCUUUCAGAUCUGCCCAUGAUGUAUCCAGCACUUCAGAAGUCACCACUCGAUUGGGAGUUCAAAACAGAGCCGAUGCCUCACCAAGCUUGUGGCGCCAUGAAAGAGAAUCGGUCCUCUUGGCCGAGAGGAAAGGUGAUAGGAGGAUCUUCAGUCCUGAAUGCUAUGCUUUAUAUAAGAGGCAAUAGGAACGAUUAUGAUCGAUGGGCCUCUUUGGGCAAUAAAGGUUGGAGUUAUAAGGACGUUCUGCCUUACUUCAGGAAGUCGGAGGAUGUGAGAGUUCCUGAACUAAUGAAGUCAGAUUACCACGGGACUGGAGGCUACUUGACGGUAGAGAAUUUCCGAUACUAUUCGCUUAUUGCCGAUACAUUCUUGCAGGCAGGAACCCAGCUUGGAUAUUCAGUGGUAGAUGUCAAUGGUGAAAGCCAGACAGGUUUCACCAAAUCGCAUGGUACUCUCAGAAAUGGAUUAAGAUGCAGUACAGCUAAAGCAUUUCUAAGACCAAUAAGAGAUAGAAAAAACCUUCACGUCAGUCUGCAUAGUUAUGUGAAUAAAAUUGAGUUCGAUUUUGUAAAUGGUAGGAAGGUGGCAAGAUCUGUGCUUUUCACCAAAUUGGGUGGACGUGAAAGAAGGGUCACUGCUAGAAAAGAGAUAAUAUUAUCUGCUGGAGCAAUCAAAUCACCUCAGCUCCUAAUGCUAUCUGGUAUUGGACCAGGGGCCCACCUCCAACAAAUGAAUAUAUCAGUUCUGCUUGACAGUCCUGGCGUGGGAGCCAAUCUUCAAGAUCACAUAGCUUUGGGAGGUACAACCUAUUUAUUCACUUCUCCCCCGGAUACUCGACCCAUGGGUGUCGGAUUUGUGCUGCCUCGUAUGAUGACCCUUAACUCUCUGUAUCAGUUUUUGAAAACUGGAACAGGUCCGUUUUAUUGUCUUCCUCUGGCGGAAGUUAUGGCGUUUGUCAGUACCAGGUUGAAUAGGAACAAAUCAUGGCCAGAUAUUCAAUUAUUUUUGGCAAGCUCUUCAGACAGCGGCGAUGGGGGAUUGUUCAAUAAGAGAGGAACUGGACUUACCGACGAUUACUAUGCUUCCGUGUAUGAACCUAUAUUGUAUAAGGAUGCCUACACCAUUGCUCCAUUAUUACUGAGACCUAAAGCUAGAGGAAGAGUGGUUCUCAAAGACACCGACCCGACGAGUAGCCCAAUUAUUGAUGCAAACUACCUAUCAAAUGACGAGGAUAUUGCAGUGUUGGUGGAAGGUGCUAAAAUCGGUUAUGAACUAAGUCAAAUGGAUGCACUGAAAAAGUACAACGUGCACAUGCAUAACAUUUCAGCUCCAGCUUGCAAGCACCUAGCUUUUCUCAGUGAUGAAUUCUGGGCAUGUCAGGCUCGCCAGUACACCAUGACCAUCUACCAUCCUGUUGGGACAUGUAAGAUGGGUCCAGACCAUGACGAAAUGGCAGUAGUUGAUGACAGGCUACGAGUUCGCGGAGUUGAAGGUCUCAGAGUUGUGGAUGCUUCAAUUAUGCCUUACAUCGUCAGUGGAAACACCAAUGCACCCACUAUCAUGAUUGCUGAAAAAGCUUCUGAUAUGAUCAAAGAAGACUGGCUUUCAUGAAAAGUUUUUGUAACAAUAUUCUAAUGCUUAUAAAGCUUAAGAUACUAUGCUUGCUGUUCAUAGAAUUCCUAGUGACAAUAUUCUAAUGCUCAAAAAGCUCCCUAUUAUCAAAUAAGUUGUGAAAAGUGUCUGUGACAUUGUAGAGCGCUCUGGCUCCAACUUAAAUUUCUAUAAUAGCGAGAAAAUCUCAAGUAUGUUAAUCACUAGAAAGUUCUGAGUAUUUUCAAUUCAGUAGACUUUGACAAAGUUUCAGAUAUUAUCAAAGACACUAGUUGUUGUGAAAAUUGUUUAUGACAAUAAUUCUGAAGCCAGGCUCCAAUUCACAUUCUGUUAUAAGUCAGGAACUUUAAUUUCAAGGUAUACUGUUUAUCGAAACGUUGUUGUAUCUUUGAUGCAGUAGCUGCCUGAUCAGUAAGAAUAUUCUAAAGCGCUCAGGUUCUAAUCUUCAUCUUGAUAGGUGGUAGCAAGAAAGGUUUAAAGAGAAUUCAAUCAUCAGGUUGGAAUAGUUCUCUGUAUCUUCUAACACAAUGAUGCUUGAGUGUACCUGAAACAACUAGAAUAUUACUGAUGAAGAUUUGAGAACAUUUAUAAAAAUUAGGGAAAUUAUGAAAAUGAAAAGGGAGUAGGAAAGGAAAAGGAAUGAGAUCAACAGAAGAAAAUUAACUAGGCGUAGGAGGAGGGGGAUGAGGAUAAAGAAGAUAGUAAGAGUCUGAUUCCAUAUUUAUAAAUCACAAACACAGUUAUGUUCAAUUAUCAACAUUAAAAGAUAGGAAAAAAUAAGAUUAGUGUAGAAAUACAUUCUAUUUCAGCCAGUGCCGUUUCCACAUUGUAUAAAUAUCAUCUACGUUUCAUUAUCCCUGCUCACCAAUUAUUCGGUAAGCAAAAUUUUCAUUUUUCAUUUUUUAUAAUGUCGAGUAGUAUGUAAAAUUGAUAAAAAUACUUAUUUGAAUUUG